AUGGGCAGCAUAGAUUCACGCUUCUUUAGCACAGUCUCCCGCUUCCCCCCCUGCCCGCAUCCUCCUCAUCAAAGCACUGCUCCCCGCCUUUCUCCGCUUCCCCUUAUCUCUGCGCCUACUUCUCCUUUAGGGACUUCCGGCCCACAGCUCUGUGAGCGUUUGCGCUGCAGAGAGCGCUCACGAGGGGGCGGGGAAUGGGGACUGCUGAUGGGGCUGGCGGAGGCUAUAGAGGAUGUGUUUGGUGUUGAAGAUGGCGGGGCGGUGGUACGGUGGAUAUAUCGCCAACCCCACAGGUCAGAGUGGAGAGGGGUGGGUAUUCGUGUGAAAGUUGGCCAAGGGGACGGUGAGUGGGGGUUUGUGAAAGGAGUGGGGGGGGGGGGGGGGCUGAAGGGGGUUGAAGGAGGGGUUGCUGCUGGGGCGGGCGGAGGUCAUAGCUCCGCACCUAGUUUUUCUACACAGACUCAUAGACACACGCCCCAACGGGCACACCGCUCAGCUCUCCCAGGCGCUAUCCCCUCCCUUCCCCAUACCCUCUCGCUCCGCCUCUCUCUUCCCACCCCCCCCAGCUAUGAUGCACCUGUUCCUCCUACUCCAUCCCCGCACCUGCUUCUCCCACGCCAUCUUCUGCCCCACGGACUCCCCCAUACCCACGGCACGGGCGCACUGCUCACCCAAGAAGAGGUUGCUGCCAUGGCAGAGCUGCACGGGAGGCUGCAGGCGAAGCUGGGUGAGGCCUGGCUGCUGGGUUCCCCGUGGCGGUUUUUGAGGAUGGCCGGGCAGAGGGAGGAGGAGGCGAAGCUGGUGGGAGGGGCGGCUGGGUCCCCCGUGGCAGUUUUUAGGAGUGACGAGCAGAGGGAGGAGGAGGUGCGUUCGGGAUGGGUAACUCCCCCAUCCGCUCCUUGUCCCUUGGCAACUUGUUCGAGCGAGGGGGAGGGCGAGUGGGCACGGGAGGUGGCGGCGGCGGCGGCACUACGGUGGCUGGCAUCACUGGGCGUGGACAGUGGGGAGGAGGGAGAGGGAGGGGAGGGGAAGGGGGAAGAUGAGGGGAAGGAUGAGGGGGAGGGGGAAGAAAAGAGCGCAAGGGAGAGGGGCAGCCACACUCGUGUCUGCACCUCCCAACCCCUCUCUCCGCCCCCACUGCCCUAA